AUGGCACCACCACCCGCUUCCAUGGGACACGGUCCCUCUUCAGAGAACCGGCUCCGAAGCCGCCGGAGAUCAUCUACCUCCUCCACACGCAGCGAACACUUUGCCGCCGCCGCCACUUCAGCCUUUGCCGUGCCCACCAUUUCCGUUCCCACGCCCACAUACUCCAGCCAUCACCGCUCAUCCUCCAGUACCUCCCAGCACUUGUCCUUGCCCCCCUUUCGUCAUCGCCGCUCGUCCUCCAGCGCCUCCCAAGACAGCUACCGCUCUCCUAGCCCGGGCAGCAGUAGAACUAGCGCCUUUGUCCUCCCACCCGGCGUUUCCAUCAGCCAGAUCACGCCUAACGUUUUUGUCGGAAACAAUGCGAGUUCCACUUCGAUCCAGACGUUGAUGCAUUACGGCAUUACUUCCAUGGUCUCCUUGCUAUCAACUGCAGAGCAGCAACUCAACGAAGAUGCGUGGAAUUCACCUGCUUUGGGGAUGUUGGUCCCCAAGCAAAACAGGCUGUUUGUGCGGUGUGGCAAAGUCUUGAUCCACUGCAACCAAGGCGUUUCUCGCUCUGGCGCUGCCUGCGUCGCUUACAUAAUGAAGCAGCAGCCGAACUUGUCAGCACGUAAGGCGGUGCGGUUCGUGCAGGUGCGGAGGAAGGAAGUAGAGCCCAGCGCGACGUUUUUGCGGCAGUUGGGGGUGUGGGGGGAGGAGUGCAAGUUUGAUGUUUGGGAGGAGGAUGUCGCUAUUUCUGAGGGAGGGGUGGACGGAAACGGGCUGGACGGAAAAAAGGUGGCGCAUGCAAAGUCAGGACACGAAAACAACAACAAGAAGAAGAAGAAGGUGCCCAAGGCUCCGUACAAGAAAUGGUUGGAUGAGCGGGAAGAAAUGCGGAGACAAGUCAAAGAAAUGGGGGGCUUGGUUCUCCCGCAGGGUGGUGGAAUACAGGUUUAGGAUGCUGGUGGCAGGGAAGCUACCUCUAGGGUUGGAACUGGACAUGGACAUGCACCUCGAACUUGGAAUGGACAUGCACAUGCGCAUGGAAAUGGAAAUGGAAAUGGGAGUGGGAGUGGGAGUGGGGGAGACCGGCAUGUGCAGUGGGCUGCAUCUCCUCCUCGUCCUUCUCUUCGACCUCGGCGCUGGGGGUGGUUAGCUUCACGGGUUCCGACUCCUGCUCCUACUCAUACUUCUACCCCUGUCCCUAGCGGUGCUCGUGCUCGUGCUCGUGUUCGUGCUCGUGCUCGUGCUGAAUCCGGUCUCGGUGCUGGUGUUGGCUCUAGUUCUGGUGUUGGUGCCGGUGCGGAGUCUGAUACUGGUCCUGAUUCCUAUACGGGUGCUGAUACAGGGAGAGACGAAGGUGGUAGUGACGUGGGUGAUUUGUUAGGAACAGUGGGCGGAUUGAGUUUGAGCAGAGCGCAGAUGGAAAGUUUGGGGAGGAUGAAUCGGUAGGAUGAUUGGAAUGGUACCUCUAUGAAGCCGAGGAGCUGGACUUGGUAGGUGGUGGAUACCAUGGCGUUAGUGGUUGGAAAUGAAGGGGAAUAAGGAAUCCAAACCGAAGGUCCGAAGGAUAGGUAUCAUCAGGGUUAGAUAAU